AUGGCAUACGGAUCGGGCGUUGAAACGUUCAGCUACGAGCUAGGUCCCGGCGUCCUGGUUGGUUCCUGGGGUGAUGAAGAUACACACCUCCAGAUAUUGCAGCAUUUUGGGAAUGGGAUGUUUGAUUUGCAUCUUCCGGCCCCUCGGUCCCUCGACCGUUCAUGUUACUCCGUAUCGAGUCUGUACCACAAACUUCCGACAUUAUCGUGGCAUUUUACAAAUGCCGAGAAAGCGACGCUCGCACUCAGGAGCGCCACGACCGAGCACGUAUUUAUCACCAUGGAUCGGACUGUCAGCCGUGGUGCAUGA